UCUAUUUUAUAUUCCAAUCCCAGAGAAAGGGAUCCUGUGCUCUACAUCUGUGUCACUGUGUACCUGCAGGGGUCAGGGUCAACUCCUCCUGCUGUCACCUGUAUCCUCAUGCCUCAGGGACCACGCCUGAAAGGAGGCACUUAUCAUAUUUCUGAAAUCAGAUUCUUUCACCUGCAUGGCCAUCAUCACUCUACGGAUAUCUUUCAGACAGAUUAGUCUUUACAGUUCACCUGCCUGGAACCUCCUACCUGAGCCACAGGAACAGAAAACUAUUUUUCUUAUUUGUUUCAUUGCGGGGUUUUUUUUUUUUCAUUUUCUUUUUAAAAGGUCAGCUUUCCUGAAACCAGGGACUUUAAAUGUGUUUAAAUUGGUUUUACUUUGGAUAUUAAGAAAGAUUACCACACUAAAGGAUUAAAAUGGGCUUCUUCACAUUCGUCAAAUUGAUGAUGGUCUUGUUCAACUUGCUUAUCUUUUUGGGCGGCUUGACCUUGCUGGCUAUGGGGAUCUGGGUGAGCGUGGAUGGGGGCUCCUUCCUCCAGCUGCUGGGGCCUUUCUCCAGCCAAGGCAUGCAGUUCGUCAACGUUGGCUUUUUCUGCAUCGCCAUCGGUGCCGUGCUGGUCCUGAUGGGGUUCCUGGGCUGCUGUGGGGCCCGCAAGGACAGCAAGUGUCUGCUACUGAUGUUCUUCUCCAUCAUCCUCAUCAUAUUCAUCGCUGAAGUGGCAGCUGGAGUCGUGGCGUUGGCCUACUCUUCAUUUGCUGAGGGGAUCAUCAGAGCGUGGGUGACCCCUGCUUUACAGAAAGACUACGGCAGCGAUCCUGUGGUCACAAAGAUCUGGAACACCACCAUGACAGAGCUGAAGUGCUGCGGUUUCAACAACUACACAGACUUUGUGGGCUCUAAGUUUGAAGAGGGGAACGGAGGUAGUCUACCCCCCACCUGCUGUUGGACUUACAGCGCCCCCUGCAGCAGCAUCGAGGCAGAGCGUAGCGAUGUGCAGGGCUGUUUCAAACACAUCUUGAAGAUCCUCAAAGAGCAUGCCAACAUUGUGGGAGGCAUCGCAGCAGGAAUAGGAGUAUUGGAGAUUGCUGCCAUGAUAGUGUCCAUGUACCUGUACUGCCACCUCGACAACAGGAUCAGCUGAGACUCUUUUCAACAGGAGCA